AUGAAAGUUUUUUCAGCUUUGAUAGAGAUAGUUGAACUUACAGAAGCCGUCCAACGAACUUUGAACACUGGUGACUCUAGUCAGGACGCGGUGCGAACAAUGGGCAUGCGGUUGUCGCGCUGGCAUUCGUCGCUGCCUGAGGCGCUGCAAUACCAUGGUGAUGUGCAGCCUGGCCUCGCAAUGUUACAUAUGCACUACAACUGCGCUAUUAUCCUCCUGCACCGCCCAUUUGCGGCGUUCGGGCAGCCCCUGGAUACUUCUCAGCCGGGGUCACUCGCACAGACACUUGGAUGUCGCUCGAAGUGCGUCCACGCGGCCACUAUGAUUGCGCGAAUUCUGGACAUUAGCUUCCAGGCAAGGAUCGGGAGCCAGGUGGUACCUAUAUCUGCUUUCUACGCCGUCAUGAUUGCCGCCCUCACCUUGGUGGCAGACCUAUCAGACCAGAGAGAAGCAAACAUCUGUGAUGUGCAACUGCAGCAAGGGGAAGUGUGGAGUUUCCGGUGCUGUAUGAGCGCGAUGGCUUUGUUCGAACAGCAUCCACAGCCAGCGCGAACGGCUGUUGCACAAAUCCGCCAUAUUGUUCAUGUAUGCCAGCUAGAGAGCAUGCUUAUACCGGCUAAUGACCACAGCUUCUGUACGACGAGAGAUGAAAUAUCUUCUCUGUUGAUACCACCCAUGCCUGUGAGCUCUAAGGAUGAGGCAAUAGUAGCAUACUCUGACACCGGGUUUGGUGACGCCCGUCAGACGCCACAAUGCGCUGCGAAUAGCGCAUAUAGCAGCUACGACCUGCUCCACGAUGGCUUCUACGACAUGCUAACAGGCUCGGCGCCAGUCCCGGGUGAUGGUUAG